AUGGAUCAAAAUGGAUACCCUAUCUAUCGUCGUUGCAAUAAUGGUCAAGUACAUACUGUGAGGGAGCAAGAAGUUGAUAACAGGGAUGUCAUACCAUACAAUGCAUAUCUUUUUAAACUUUUUAACUGUCAUAUAAAUGUGGAAGUUUGUGUCGGAAUGAGAUGUGUCAAGUAUAUACAUAAGUAUAUUUAUAAGGGUUAUGAUCAUACAACGAUGGUGUUAGGAAUGAUAAAUAAGAUUCAACAAUAUCUUAAUGCAAGGUAUAUUGGACCUCCAGAAGCUGCUUGGCAAAUAUUUGGUCAUCCUUUGCAUGCAGAGAUGCUAACAGUUGUACGAUUGUCACUUCAUUUACCUGGAAUGCAUCGCGUUGUUUUUAACCCAGAAGAGUCAUUAGAAACGAUUCAAUCUAGAGCUGGUCAACACAUGUCAACUCUUACUGGCUUCUUUGCAUAUUGUGCUGCCAGUGAAGAUGAAUGUCCAUUCACUUAUCAAGAAUUUCCACAACAUUUUGUUUGGCUCAAGUCAAAAAAGAGAUGGAAAUCAUGA